AUGGCGGUGGGACUUGUAAUGGUGCUUCUCUUCAUCGUGCAAGCCUGGGCACAACAUGAUCCAGCGCAGGUGGUCGGGGCUGUUCAUGGGGUGGCGUAUCUCAGCCCCAGACUGCAAAACCAGACCUACCCCCAAAUCCACUGGCGACGCAACAGCUCUCUGAAGAUCGCCAGCCGGGACAGCAGCGCGAAGGUCCAGUACCCCAACAGCACCUACAAGGGCCGCCUCGAGCUCUUCCCCAACAACACCCUAAAAAUCAGCUCCCUGCAGAAAAACGACAGCAGCACAUACCAGGUCUACCUGGAGGAUGAGGCAGGCAAGGAGCACAUUGAAACCAUCCUCCUGACGGUGUACGAUCUCGUCCCAAAGCCCGUUGUGAAUGUCAAAGUGAUCAGGGAUGACCCGAUGCGAUGUGAAGCCAACCUGGAGUGCUCGGUGGAGCUCGAAGGGGUGACCUACGAGUGGAUCAACCCCAGCAAGAUCCUGCUGGCACAUGUAGGUGACUCUGAGCAGCGCGUCUCCUUCAACCCCUCGAUAGAAACCUACAUCUGCAAAGUCAGUAACCCUGUCUCCUCCAACAGCACCUUGCUGACCUACAGGCACCCCUGCUCCUGGACAGGUGAGUCCUCCGCUGCUGCAUCCCGCACCACCACCAGUGUGCUGGUGGCCGUGGGACUCCUCCUCCUCCUCACUCUGGCUUAA